AUGAAGACUGUCACAAGGGAAGUAUUCUCCUGGGGUGAUAACGAUGAGGGCCAACUUGGCAAUGGUUCUACUACUGCAAUAAGUCAGCCCCGUUUAGUAAAGCAUCUGCACUCUCGACAAGUCAUCCUAGUGGCCUGCGGUUCGGCACACUCAUUUGCCUGGGCCAUUGAUGCCUACUCUGCCAAUUCGAAUUUCACACUCGGGAGUCAGUCAAAGUCUCAUCAGGCCAGCAGUAUUUGGCCACUCCCAGCUCGAGACCCUCCUACUCAAUUUGCCUCCCUCUGGAGGGCAGCCACCCUCGGCCUAACUGAUACUCAGACGACAAACGAGAAUACUACUACAUGCUCCUUCUCGAAAUGCCAUUCAGAGCCUCCUCUCACAGCAAGCCAUGUUUCCUGCGCUGCCAAAACGGAACAUGGCCUGGAUGAUUUUGCAGCUUCUGAUUCAAUAAGUCUACAAGAUUUUGGACAGACCUCUGAUACCUGCCCUUCUUCCCCUUCAAACACAGUUAAAUACUCGCCACUACCCCCUGAUCUUCUCACUUCCCUUGGCCAUGUCCGUCUACAAGCCAGAAUCCGCUUAAGGAAUCGUUUCCUUUUGCUCCAUUGGGUUGGCGGCCUAGUGUGUGGUGGCUAUCUGCCUGUACCUGAUCGCGUCGGCCAUGGUUUGGAUUCUGCUGCCAGCUUGGCACUUCAUCGACAGCGCUCCUCAGCAUUCCACGGAUUUUGGCCCCUACUCGCCCUAGGCAGACGAACAGGUGCUCUUGCUUCUGGAACCCCAAUGGCAACUAACCCUUACUUCGCCUCUUUCAAUAGAAAUGUAGAUGCUUCCCUAGUUAAUCAUUUUAUGUGGCCUUCAGCUGCGGCUGGCUUAGAUGAGCUUAUCGACCCUAGGCGUACCCAAAAUGACGCCAUCGCCACCGAUUCUUGGCUUGACACGUUGUCCAGGAUUAUACUAUCUGCCUCUAAGGUAAGUCUACCUUAA